UCCUCCUCCUCCUCCUCAGCUUGUGUAGCGACAGCCCCGGGUUGGUGCCGCCUCUCCGCAGGAGCGGCGUUCGGCGGCGGCUGUGCUUGCCGGGCUGGGCCCCGCCGGCUGGCACCUGCCUCGUUCUUGGGCCGGCCCGGAAGGUUCUGCCCUCCAUCUUUUUUCCACCGGUGCGGCCGGACCUCACUGGGCGCGACUGCGCCGAGGGCGGUUUUGGCGCUGAGGGUGCCCGAAGGCCAGACCUUAAGGAAGACCGCCGCCCUCCACCAGAGAAGAUCAUCCAAAAUGUUGAUAUGAGGAACUAAUCCUUUGUGGUUGAUAUGAAGGAAAAAUCUUUCCAGGAUGAAUAAAGUAAAAAUGGCAUCAGAAAAAAGUUUAACCAACAGUUCUCGUAUCGUGGGCCUCUUGGCGCAGCUUGAGAAGAUCAAUGCAGAAUGCUUGGCGGAUGCAGAUGCUGCCAGAUAUGUUACAUCAAAAAUUCUUCACCUGGCUCAAAGUCAAGAAAAAAUCAGGAAGGAAAUGACUGCCAAAGGUUCAACAGGAAUAGAAGUUAUUCUCACAACUUUAGAGAAUACUAGAGAUCUCCAAACUACACUGAAUAUAUUAAAUAUCUUAAUUGAGCUGGUGGCAGUAGGGAGCAACCGCAGAACAAGUGUUCUUGUUGCUAGAGGAGGUACACAGAUUUUAUUGCAGUUGCUUGUGAAUGUCAGUAAAGAAUCCCCACCAAAUGAAGACUUAAUGGUGCUACUUCAUUCUCUUCUUGCAAAAGUAGGUCCAAAAGAUAAAAAAAUUGGAGUAAAAGCCAGAAUUAGUGGUGCUUUAAAUAUUACUCUAAAUAUAGUGAAACAGAACUUGCAGAAUCAAAGACUAAUACUACCUUGUCUCCAGGUGCUACGAGUAUAUUCAACUAACUCUGUAAAUGCUGUCUCUUUGGGUAAGAAUGGAGUUGUGGAAUUGAUAUUUAAGAUAAUUGGUCCGUUUAGCAAGAAGAAUACAGGCCUUAUGAAGGUCGCUUUAGAUACUCUUGCUGCAUUGCUAAAAUCAAAAACAAAUGCAAGGAGAGCUGUAGACAGAGGCUAUAUCCAAAUGCUCUUAACAAUUUAUGUUGAUUGGCACCGUCAUGAUAGCCGGCAUAGACACAUGUUGAUCCGCAAGGGAAUAUUGCAGUGUAUUAAAAGUAUUACAAACAUCAAGUUGGGACGGAAAGCAUUCCUUGAUGUCAAUGGGAUGAAAAUUCUAUAUAACACAUCACAAGAGUGCCUUGCAGUAAGAACUCUUGAUCCACUUGUCAACACUUCCAGUUUGAUAAUGAGAAAAUGCUAUCCUAAAAAUCGUCUUCCGCUACCAACCAUUAAAAGUGUUUUCCAUUUUCAACUACCCAUUAUCCCUGUUAAUGGACCAGUGUAUCAGCUGUAUAGUUUACCUCCUGAAGUGGAUGACGUAGUAGAUGAAAGUGAUGACAAUGAUGACACCGAGACAGAAUCUGAGAUUGAAAAUGACAAUGAAGAUUACAUAGAUCAACAUUUUAAGAAUGAUGAUAUAGAGACUGAUAUCAACAAACUGAAACCAAAGCAAGAAUUAGGACGAUCAGUAGAAGAUCUGAAGAUAUAUGAAUGCUUUUUCCCAGAACUUACAGAGGAUUUUCAGGAAUGUGAUUUAGUUUCCAAGGAACCAAAGCCUUUUUCAACCAACAUAAGACCAGGAAGGCCUAUUGUUGUUCCUACUGCUGGCGAAGAGCAGUCUCUGGCAAACCAUGCAAUUGAAAUGCCUGUGAAGGAGAGUCAUUCUCUACAAACCGAGGACUGCAAUAAAAGACCAAUUUUCUUGGGUCUCCUAAUGGAUGAUGACAACAUAGACAAUAGCCUGCAGAACCAAGGUGAUCAAAGGAAUGUUUCAUCAUGCCAGUGCCUAAACCAUGAAAUAGUUAAAGAUUUUGACAGAAUUUCUUUGCAAAAUACUUCCAAAAAUGAACGCUCUUAUACUACAAGGGCCAUGAACAAAAAAGAGUGUAAAACUAGCCUUAGUGAAAUUUCCUAUAAUAAGCCUCUUCAACAAGUGUCAUCUUGUGGAAGUGUUUUAUUUGAAGGAAGACCUGUGCAUUUGGGAAAGCUAUGCUGUUCUGGACCUGAUCCUGAAGACGAGGAAGUUUCCUGCUCAUAUUCUGUGGGAGAGCAAGUGAUGCUUGAGGUGCCUGAUACAAUACAACUUCAUGAUCCAGAACUUUAUAUUGAAAUAGUUAAAAAUACAAAGUCUGUUCCUGAAUAUUCAGAAGUGGCUUAUCCAGACUAUUUUGGACACAUUCCACCUCCAUUUAAAGAGCCUAUUCUUGAAAGGCCUUAUGGUGUGCAGAGGAAGAAGAGAAUGGCUGGCAGUCACAUGCGAACUCUGAUGACAAAAAUUAACCAAGACAUUGAAAGGCUGAUUCAUCCUAAUGAUAUUAUAGACAGAGUUGUUUAUGACCUUGAGAAUAUCAGUUAUCCAGUGCCAGAUGAAGGAGAUGUCUUGAAGUUCAAUUCCAAGUUUGAAUCCGGAAAUCUACGGAAAGUUAUUCAGAUUAGAAAAAAUGAGUAUGAUCUUAUUCUGAACUCUGACAUAAACAGCAAUCAUUAUCACCAGUGGUUUUACUUUGAAGUCAGUGGAAUGCGGACAGGCAUUGCUUACAGAUUUAAUAUAAUCAACUGCGAGAAGACAAACAGUCAAUUUAAUUAUGGUAUGCAGCCCCUCAUGUACUCUGUUCAAGAGGCACUAAAUGGCCGACCUUGGUGGAUUCGUGUGGGAACAGAUAUUUGUUAUUACAAAAAUCACUUUUCAAGAAGUUCAAUUGCAGCAGGAGGUCAGAAGGGAAAGUCUUACUACACAAUUACCUUCACAGUCACCUUCCAGCAUAAGGAUGAUGUUUGUUACUUUGCUUACCAUUAUCCCUAUACUUACUCAGCUUUAAUGAUGCAUCUCCAGAAAUUGGAAUCCACACACAAUCCUCAACAGAUAUAUUUUCGGCAAGAUGUUUUAUGUGAGACACUUUCAGGAAACAAUUGUCCUGUAGUAACUAUAACUGCCAUGCCAGAAUCAAAUUACUAUGAACAUAUCUGUCAGUUUAGAAAUCGUCCAUAUAUUUUUCUAUCUGCUCGUGUACAUCCUGGAGAGACUAAUUCAAGCUGGGUCAUGAAGGGAACCUUGGAAUACCUCAUGAGUAAUACUGCUGCUGCCCAGAGUUUACGAGAAUCAUAUAUUUUUAAAAUUGUACCAAUGCUUAAUCCUGAUGGAGUCAUCAAUGGAAAUCAUCGUUGUUCUUUAAGUGGGGAGGACUUGAAUAGACAAUGGCAAAACCCAAACCCAGUUCUGCACCCCACAAUUUUUCAUGCAAAAGGUUUGCUCCAGUAUUUGGCUGCUAUAAAACGUUUGCCACUGGUUUUUUGUGAUUAUCAUGGUCAUUCUCGUAAAAAGAACGUGUUCAUGUAUGGCUGCAGCAUCAAGGAAACAAUGUGGCAUACUAAUGCUGCCUCUUGUGAUCUGGUUGAAGACCUUGGUUAUAGGACUCUUCCUAAGAUUCUGAGUCAGACAGCUCCAGCAUUCUGCAUGAGCAGCUGCAGUUUUGUCGUGGAAAAGUCCAAGGAGUCUACGGCACGUGUUGUAGUCUGGAGAGAAAUAGGUGUUCAGAGGAGUUACACCAUGGAAAGCACGUUAUGUGGUUGUGAUCAAGGGAAAUACAAGGGCUUACAGAUUGGGACACAUGAACUGGAAGAGAUGGGAGCCAAAUUCUGUUGUGGGUUGUUGCGCUUGAAGAGAUUGACUUCCCCACUGGAAUAUAAUCUGCCAUCUACCCUCUUUGACAUUGAAAAUGAAUUGAUUGAAUCUAGCUGUAAAGUGACAAGCCCCACUACAUAUGUUCUGGAAGAGGAUGAACCUCGCUUUCUUGAAGAAGUGGAUUAUAGUGCAGAGAGCAAUGAUGAGCCAGAUAUUGACUUGGCAAAUACUGCUGGUGACUAUGAGCCCUCUCUGCAAGAAGAUGGACUUUCUGACUCUGAAAUUACAAGGACGCAUUUGCCUUGAAACAUCUGUGAAACGUGAAGAAGAAAUUCAGCACUGUGGCUUGUUUAAGAUGAACUUGGUGGGUUAUUUAAUUUUGGGAUUUGCUUAAGCAGACUGAAUGCAGUCAGUCCAGUUCAAAAAACAAUAAACGUCUUUGGCUUUUAAAUGGAUCGACACUUGUUUUAUUUAUAUAAUUUAAUUCUCAUAUUUAGUACUGAAAUUGCUUUUCCACUUGAUUGCCUGCUAAAUACUGUUGCAUGGCUUUUGUAUUUAUCUUUAUAAUCACCCAAAAGUUAAGAAAUCAAUGCUGUGUCAGAGGGCAGAAUCUAAACCUUAUGCCCAGCACUGGCUUUUGAGCCCUUUACUGAAAUUUUCGUACAGAUAGAUUGAUUUAUUGAAAUGUAUGUAUGUGCAUUGACAUUUUUUCUUCAGAUUUUGUUUGUGUUUGAUGUAAUGUUGAGCUUCUCUAGACUAGUUUAUUUUGCACUUAACUAAUUCAAAGGAAAAUGGAUGUACUGUUUGACACAUAUCUGAAGCCUCAAACAAGAUGUGGUUUUACUGCCAUUUUGUUUUAAAACAGCGAACUCUGAAUUUCUAAUUCAAAACGGAUUAUUGUUCUGUUUGCAUAGUGAUUCCAUUUACUGGGUAAAGAUUUUGGUGUUCUUACAAACAGUUAAAUAUUUGCCUAGAAAUAUCACUGCAGUAUACAAGUGAGGCUUAUUCAUGUGACAGCACACUUCUCCAUAUUAAAAUAGUUACUACAUAUUAAAAUAUGUCUGGGAGAGGGAUAUGCAAGAAUCUCUCUUCCCUAGUAUUUAUUUUUCUGUAUUUGGGGAUUUUUUUAAAAUGAAAGCAUUCUGUUCACAGCAUACAUGGCUCACAUGAUAGAAUGCUCCUCUGUAAAAAAAUAUGAUAUGGUCCCCACAUUGGUUUACCAUCUCAUGUGCUUAGAAGUACACCUUAUGGAUAGAUGUCUAUCAUUAUAUAUUUAUAUAAAGUUCAUUAUCUCAUGCACAUACCCAAGUUGCUGUUGAAGUAAAUAGCUAAUGUGAAGCUUCAAAUGCUCUUGGAAGGCAUUAAGUACAAGCAUUUAAUUAUAUGAAUAUGUAGUGGCCUACGUGCUAAUUUCUUUUUCUUAUUUAAAGUGCACAUAGCCAAAAUGAGCUUCAUGUGUCCUGGAUACAUUGCUUAUAAUUUUCUGUACUGUAUUUGUUUUUCUGUAGCAGAAUAUUAGUAUCAAUUUGGUUUGAAAAUUCUUUGUGCAUAUCUAAUUGUCAUGCCAAUCGAAUGUAUUUUAAAUGUGAUCCAGAAAAAAAAAUUAAGGAUAUUUGCUUUUUGCUGAAAUCAUGAUGCCUAUUUCAGUGUGAAUCCUGGGUGCUCACAUUUCAAAUUCAUCUUUAGUGUAUUCAUCCUUUCAAAAAUGGUACCAAGAUCAUAUUGAAGAGGAUAGUUUUUGAGUGUGCCACUGAAUCUUCCUAGAAAGAAACCACCUGAGUUUUUCCCAAUCUUGUUUUGUGCAUAGUUAAGGAAGAAGAAUCAGUUUUGAUUUUUUUUUUAAAUCAAAAGCAAUUACACCUUAAGUGUAAAGAGUAAUAGUCUUAAUUUUUUUCAUGUUUGUGAAGUUGUGUGGUUUUUUCCUGAAAAAAAAAAAAAGUAUUAUCAAAGCAGUUGGUUUACACUGUAUGUUUUUACCUAUUGUUUUCUUCUCAAAAUGCUAGCAAUAUGGCAACCCUGGUGGACUGAAUUAAGAAGCACUCAUCAUAAAUAAUGCAUAAAUUAAUAUUUCAUAGUGUUAAAAUAAAACAAAUCAAAUAUUCAAAAUAUUUCUAAUAGAAAUAGAACUAAUUUGUUGGCUCAACACCAAUGCGUAUUAAAAGCCCAAUUAACAACUUUGCUACACAUGUAGCACUGCAGGCCGCUGUUCCAGUAGUUGCCCUUACCUGCAACAAAAACUGUGUAUGGAUUCCAGAGAAUGCAAGCAACCAAGGAUAUUUUCAGUCAUCACAAUCAAUUAUGUGCCGGCUCCCACUGCUCAUUUGGUCUUUUCUGCUGCAGGAGAAGCUAAACGCUCAACAAGCCAGAGAAACAACUCAUGGUUUGUAACACAACUAUUGUUCCGUGUGUCAGGAGAAACAAGCCAACAAGCCAAUACCUGCCAGAUUUGGAUGGCACACAAAAGAAAUCAUGAACUAACAGCCAGGCAAGCAGUCAGGAGUUAAGUAGGGAGUGAUCCGAGAAUGAGAAGCUGGCACACAGAUUUGUCUUGGACAAACCAGAUUAAAUAAAAUUCUGGCGUGUUGCAGCAAAUGUGACAUGCCCAUUGCCUCCUUGUAGGGUUUACAGCUGUUAUCUGGAUGGGCAGAGUCGAAACAGUUUCUCUUGGUGACAGUAGGCAGUUGUUCCCAUUGUUUUCUAAACUUCAGCACAUAUUUGAAGAGGUACAAGUCGAAUAGUGUGAAAUCUAGUGUGGUGCAGCAGACGUAGUGAUUAAGCUCCAGAUUCAGACUUUAAAUCAAAUGUAAAGGUUAAAAUCGGCAGCAAAAUAAAUUAGAGUAAUUUUUGUACAUUUCUUCUGUUUGCAUUGUUAUAACAGAUAACUUGGUGUGCAAGUUGAGGAUUUAUCUAUAAUGGUGGUAUAACAAACUGCUAAUUUCCUCCAUCUUAAUUGAAGAGAAUUUAACAAUGUUGCAGUUAAAUGUUUCUUAAACUUUAUGGAAUUAUGGGUUUUUAACCCUUUAAUAUCUCUUAAUUGGAUUAUGCUUUUACAGAAUUAUUUUUGGUGCAAAACACCACUAAUAGUGCAAGCAUUUUGAUAUAAAUUAUUAUUUCUUUCUACUAGUUGUUUUUACAGAAUGCUGGAAUUUUCUUUUUACAAUAUUGUACCUCUCAGGCAAAGGUUGCCAUUUGUGCCAACUUUCAGGUGUUAGUUUAAUGUGGCAUGUUACAGAACUUGUAGCUGAGUCAAGACAGCAAAUACACAAUUUAAAUAAAAGCUGUCAAAAUGCAAAAUACUUUGUACACAAACCAGGAAACCCAAGUUUCUAAAUAAUUAUUUGUUGUAAUGCUGUAAUGAUCAACUGUGGCAAUAUUGCUGUGCAUGACACCAGAUAUAUAAUUUAUCAAGUAAGUGUAUAAUAAAAGAAUUAUGAUUA